CUCGACGUGGUCAUCAUCUUCAACAACUACUCCAGGUCCAUUGUAUCGACGUAGAUUACUGCAUCGACACUCUCGACCAACGCUAAAAGAAAAACGGCUCAACACGACCCGAGCCGACUCGCACGACCCCCCUUCCCUCGACUCGCGUCGACCCCUAGACACCCCCACCUACCCCGCUCCAACCACAGUUCAAGAUGGCCGACCCCGAGGUUGACCUUUUCGCCGGAAUGAAGAAGAAGAAGAAAAAGGUUGUCGUCGCCGAGCUCGACGAGGCCCCCGUCGCUGCUGCCGUCGAGACGCCCGCCGCCCCCGCCGCCCCCAAGGCCGAGGAGCCCGUCGCUACCUCGUCGUCGACGCCCGAGCCUGCUGCUGAGGCUGCACCUGCCGAGGACGCUGGCGACCUGUUUGCCGACUUGAAGAAGAAGAAGAAGAAGAAAAAGGACAUUCCUCUCGACCUCGAGUCGGCUGAGCCCGAGCCUUCUGCCGACGGCGACGUGCCCAUCGUGAAGAAGAAGAAGAAAAAGCCCGCUGCCGACUUCGCCGCCGAGCUCAACGAGCUCGACGCCGAGCGUGCUGCCGACGGUGCCGAGGGCGAGGAGUUUGGUGACGACGUUUUCAAGGCUGGUGACGGCGAGUCGGCCGAGACUGGCGGUGUCGACGCAUGGGUUUCGGAGAACCGUGACCCCACGUACCCCGAGCUCCUUAAGCGCUUCUUCACCCUCCUCCACCUCAACAACCCCGAGCUCGCUGGCGAGAAGAGGAGGUACACGAUCGUCCCGCCCCAGGUCGCGCGUGACGGCACAAAGAAGACCAUGUUCGCCAACUUUGUCGACAUCUGUCGCCGUAUGCACCGUCAGCCCGAGCACGUCCUCGCCUUCCUGUACGCCGAAUUGGGUACCCAGGGUUCGAUGGACGGCAGCCAGCGCCUCAUCCUCCGUGGUCGUUUCAACCAGAAGCAGAUUGAGAACGUUCUCCGCAAGUACAUUGUCGAGUACGUCACCUGCAAGAUCUGCAAGUCGCCCGACACGCUCCUCGGCAAGGAGAACCGUCUCUACUUCCUCACCUGCGAGUCGUGCGGUUCCCGCCGGUCCGUCUCGGCCAUCAAGGCCGGUUUCCUGGCCCAGGUCGGAAAGCGUCCCAAGGCCCCGUAAGCGGCCGUGGCCAGCAGUUAUACAUAUGGAGGGGUUCGGUGCCGCGCCGCGCCGUGCCCACGAGAGAGGAGGACAUCAGGCGCCGAGUGUAUACUAUGCAUAUCUGCACAAGCA